AUGGCAGAAGAUGAAACAAAAGCAUUGAAGGAGUUCACUGCUCCUACGGCACUCACAACAUCAUCUUGUAUUGUUGUAGCUCCCAUUCCUGCAGGAGUGCGUUUUGAGAUUAGACCAGCAACAAUCCAGAGUUUGCCUAACUUUUAUGGGAAGACGAAUGAAGAUCCUUAUCUCCAUGUGGAGGAAUUCAAAGACAUAUGUGGAACUUUCCGGUAUGAGAUAUCUGAUGAGCAGAUCCGUUUAAGGCUUUUUCCUUUUUCAUUGAAAGACAAGGCAAGAAAGUGGCUAAGCUCUCUUCCCCCUGGUUCCAUCAAUACGUGGGAUGAUUUGGUUAAAAAGUUCUUGUUGAAAUUCUUCCCAGCUAAGAAAACCAAUGCUCUCCAAGUAGAAAUUUUUAGCUUCUCUCAACCUGAAGGAGAACCUUUUUAUGAGAGUUGGGAGCGUUAUAAGGAUUUGUUUUUGAAGUGUCCUCACCAUGGAUUUUCUAAACCCCAAAAGGCUCAAUUUUUCUAUAGAGGUUUGAACUCCCAAAGUAGAAGUAUGGUGGAUGCUACAGUUGGUGGAAGCUUGAUGGGAAAGACGGCAGAUGAGGCAAUUCAAGCUUUUGAGACUAUAUGUGAAAAUUCGCAGCCAUAUGAUCCUUAUACAACAGUGCCCAAAAGAGGAGGACUAUAUGAGGUUAGUGCAAGUACUAAGUUGGAAGAGCAAGUUGCAACCUUGGCAAGACAAAUGAAGAGCCUUACUCCUCUGUUAAAUAAGGCUGCAAGGGAGACAUGUGCUUUGUGUUCAAGUAUUGCACAUACCACCGAGGCGUGUUCUGAAAAUUUCUUCCAAGAUGAGCAAGUCAACAUGAUGGAAUUUCAAAAGACUAAUGCUCAGAUGCUUCAAGCUAUUCAGGAGACCAAGAAAGAGCAGCAAGUUCAAUCUCAAGCUAUUUCUAAGCUAGAAGUUCAAGUUGGUCAGAUUGCCACUGCCUUGAAUGAGAGAGAACAAGGGCGUUUACCUAGCCAAACUCUUGCUAAUCCAAGGGGUCAAUUUCAGAAACAUGAGCCUAUGAAAGCUGUGAUCACGUUGAGGAGUGGAAAAGAAGUUGAUAUUAAAGUUCGUAGUCCAGGAGAUAUUCAAGAAGUUGAACAGGGGAUUGAUGAGUCUGUUGCUAUCCCAGAAAUUAAUGAAUCAGCAGAGAAUGAUUCCGCAGGAGGAUUGAAGCUGCAACAUCAAUCCCGAAAACGAACUGAUUCAAACCCAGUGACUUCUAGCACACCAGAAACGACUUUAAGGCCUCCUAUAGAGUCUCAAUUUGUUCCUAAACCUCCAUAUCCAGAAUUGCUUCAGAAGCCAAAGAAAGAUAGAUAUUUGACUGAGAUUAUGGAACUAUUUCACAAGGUGCAGAUUAAUAUUCCUUUGCUUGAUGCCAUUAAACAAAUCCCAGCUUAUGCGAAGUUUUUGAAGGAGUUAUGCACUAAUAAGAGAAAAUUUGAAGAUCAUGAGAAGGUGUUGUUGUCAGAAGAGGUCAGUGCCGUAAUUCAAAGAAGACUCCCUCCAAAGUUGAAUGAUCCAGGAAGCUUUACAAUCCCCUACACAAUUGGCGAUCAUUAUUUUGAGCGUGCUUUGAUGGACUUGGGUGCCAGCGUUAACUUGAUGCCGUACUCUCUAUAUUUGAAAUUAAAGCUUGGUGACCUACAACCAACAUCAAUCACCUUGCAAUUUGCAGACCGAUCAGUCAAGAGGCCAAAGGGAAUUGUUGAAGAUGUGUUAGUGAAGGUUGAUAAGUUCAUAUUGCUUGCAGAUUUUGUCAUUCUUGAAACUGAACCAGAUGCUUAUUCAAGUGAGGAUGUCCCAAUCAUUUUGGGUCGUGCAUUCAUGGCUAUUGCUGAUACCAUAAUUAAAGUAAAAGAUGGACUUCUAUCUAUGACAGUUGGUGACAUGUCAGUGGAGUACAAGAUUUUUGAAGUGGGUCGACGUCCCUCUGAUGAUGGUAAAUGCUUUAUGGUUGAUUCUAUUUCUCCUAUUACUCAUGAAUCUUUUGUUUUGAAUUCAUCUGAAGAUCCCCUUGAAGUAUGCUUGACACAAUCUGGAAUGGAUUUUGAUGCCAAGAAAGAGGUUGAUGAAUUAGAGAAGCUUCUUAAUGCUGCACCGGUUUUUGAAUCAAGAAAGUGGAACCAAUUUGAGUCUUUACCUCUGUCCACAAAUAAAGUUGUGCCUUCCAUUCAGCAAGCACCGAAGUUAGAGCUCAAGCCACUGCCACAACACUUGAAAUAUGUAUUUUUGGGUGAAUUUGAGACACUCCCAGUGAUUAUUGCUUCGGACCUUUGUGAAGAAGAUGAAAAGAAGUUGCUGCAAGUUCUUCAAGCUCACAAAACAACGAUUGGAUGGACAAUUGCAGAUAUUAAAGGUAUAAGUCCUACAAUGUGUAUGCACCGAAUCCAUCUUGAAGACAAUAUGAAACCAACACGUGAUGCACAAAGGCGUUUAAAUCCACCAAUGAAAGAAGUUGUACGUGCUGAAAUUUUGAAGCUUCUAGAUGUUGGAGUUAUAUAUCCAAUUUCAGAUAGUCAAUGGGUUAGUCCAGUUCAAGUGGUGCCUAAAAAGUCAGGAAUAACAGUUGUGAAGAAUGAAAAAGAUGAGUUAGUGCCUACAAGGAUGACUACGGGCAUUGAAGUUGACAAGGCAAAAGUAGAUUUAAUUACCAAUCUUCCUCCACCAACAAUAGUAAAGGGAGUGCGUUCUUUCCUUGGCCACGCCGGAUUUUAUCGGCGUUUCAUGAAGGAUUUUAGUAAGAUUGCAGGACCAUUGAGCAAUUUAUUAGCAAAGGAUGCAGAAUUUGUGUUUGAUGAAGCAUGUCUAGAGGCAUUUAACAAGCUUAAGGCCCUCCUAACUUCAGCUCCUAUCAUAAAGCCUCCGGAUUGGAACUUGCCAUUUGAAUUAAUGUGUGAUGCGUCGGAUUAUGCGGUGGGUGCAGUUUUGGGGCAGCGUAUAGAGAGGCUUCCUCAUGCUAUUUAUUAUGCUUCAAAGACUCUAAAUGAUGCUCAGCUUAACUAUUCUACCACCGAGAAAGAGUUGCUUGCGGUUGUAUUUGCUCUAGACAAGUUCAGGUCUUAUUUGAUUGGUUCCAAAGUAAUUGUCUACACUGAUCAUGCUGCCCUUAAAUAUUUACUUGCCAAGAAAGAUGCCAAGCCUCGGCUGAUCCGUUGGGUUCUUUUACUUCAAGAAUUUGAUAUGGAGAUAAAAGAUAAAAAAGGAAGUGAGAAUGUGGUUGCAGACCACUUGAGUAGAUUGGUGCAUGAAGAUGAUGAAGUGGACUGCCUUCCUUUGAAUGAAAAUUUUCCUGAUGAACAAUUGUUUAUGGUACGUGAUUCUCCUCCUUGGUUUGCUCAUAUUGUGAACUUUAUUGUUGUUACUAAAAAAAUUCCAGAUCAUUGGAGCAAGCAAGAGAGGGAGAAAUUUCUUUCUAAAGUGAAGCAUUAUAUUUGGGAUGAACCAUAUUUAUUCAAACAUUGCCCAGACUAAUUGAUUAGAAGAUGUGUACUGGAAAGUGAGUUUCAAAGCAUUCUUCGUUUCUGCCAUAGUUAUGCUUGUGGUGGGCAUUUUGGAGCCAAGAAAACAGCGGCUAAAGUUCUUCAAAGUGGCUUUUAUUGGCCAACAUUAUUCAAGGAUGCUUUUGAAUUUUGUUCUUCAUGUGAUCGCUGCCAACGAAUGGGUAAUAUUUCUAAACGUGACAUGAUGCCUUUGAGUAAUAUUUUGGUGGUUGAAUUAUUUGAUGUUUGGGGAAUAGACUUCAUGGGACCCUUCCCUCAAUCCUUUGGCAAUCUCUACAUAUUGGUGGCUGUGGAUUAUGUAUCAAAGUGGGUUGAAGCAAUUGCGUGCAAGACUAAUGAUCACAAGGUGGUACUUUCCUUUCUCAAAGACAAUAUUUUUGCUCGUUUUGGCACUCCUAGAGCUAUUAUAAGCGAUGGAGGACUACACUUUUGUAACAAGCCAUUCGCAUCACUUAUGAAGAAGUAUUCCAUCACUCACAAAGUCGCUACACCUUACCACCCUCAAACUAGUGGUCAAGUCGAGAUUUCCAACCGGGAAAUUAAAAAUAUUUUGGAGAAAACAGUUCGCCCGGAUAGGAAAGAUUGGUCUCAAUGUUUGAAUGAUGCUCUAUGGGCGUAUAGGACAGCCUAUAAAACUCCAAUCGGCAUGUCGCCAUAUCGCUUAGUUUUUGGGAAGGCUUGUCAUUUUCCGGUAGAGUUGGAGCACCGAGCAUAUUGGGCAAUCAAGCAUUAUAAUUUUGACAUAAAUACCGCCGGUGAACAGAGAGCAUUGCAGCUGAAUGAGAUGGAGGAAAUUCGUAAUGGGUCUUAUGAGAAUGCAAAAAUUUACAAGGAGCGCACCAAGAAGUUUCAUGAUAAAGUCAUUCGUCAAAAGACAUUCGAACCAAACCAAAAGGUGCUGUUAUAUAACUCUCGGCUAAGACUCUUUCCAGGAAAGUUGAAAUCUCGGUGGAUGGGUCCUUUUCUGGUCACAAAGGUGUUUCCCCAUGGAGCAAUUGAAAUUAAGAACUUGAGGAACAACUCUAUAUUCAAAGUGAAUGGUCAACGUCUCAAACCUUACUUGGAGACAUCUUUUGACACCAAUGAGUAG